AUGCUGUUUGCUGAUUCAUUCUGGACCCCGGAGUACGAUCGGGGGUUCAAGGUGUUGUUUGAACAGUUGCACGAUGGUUGCAAGGAGAACGACGACUUCGUCGCUCUUUUCUCGCAGCGGAUGGAGGCAGAAAUGGUCUACGGCACCCAACUCGAAGACAUGGAAAGUUUGCGGCCAGGCGCUAAGAGAAUGAACAAUGACGACUACGUGCUGACGAUCAAAAACGCCUACCAAAAGGUCAAUGAAAACUUUGUUCGUCAAGGCCACAACCACUUGCAAAUCGCCACGAACAUCAGAGUGAUGGUGCUUGAGCCCUUCACCAACUGGUGCCACGAACACCGCAAGCGGGUCGAGUUCUCGGAGCAAACCCUUGGAGAAAAGUACAAGGCGUUCCGCAGCCAAAAGCAACUGGUGGAACGUUUGCAAAAGAAGUACUUCAACAAGUGCCGCAUGCUUGAAGAGUUCAAGCUGCACUACUCUGAGGAUGAGUUACAGGAAGAGCUCAAGGACUUAGAGUUUGCCGCUAAGCAAGAUGUCGCUCCUAAGGACCUGGGUGAAUCUGCAGCGCCUGAUGAUUUGCAAUUUCGCAUAUACAAGUUCGGCAACUCCGAAUACGACUACGUCACCAUUAAGGGUCUCUUGCUUGAUAUUUUGAGUGGUGUUGAGGUCAACGACCACAAGGUGCCCAUCUUGGGUACCUACCGCCACGUGCUGACGGGGCUGGCUAUUACCCAAUGGCUCCUUGACAACAUCCCAGAUUUCAACAUUGCUAAGGCGGAAAAGUUUGGUCAGGACUUGAUCAACAACGGGUUCAUUCGGUUGAUUGGUACAAUGCUGACGCUGAAGAAUUUCAUCAACUCGCUGCAGUUCUACUAUCAAUGGAAACCAGUGGUGUUCGAGAUUACCGGUGCCGCCAUAGACAAGCCCAGUGAACAAACUGGACUUUCUCGAGACCAGCUGAUUCGUGCCCUGCAGUUUACUGAAUACUUUGAAGACAUGAAGCAAGCGAUGGGGGUGGGGCUGGUCGACUACACUGAUCGGUCGCAGUUAGCGAGGCUCAUGGCUGAAGUGAAACUGUACGAUGCCAAUUACUUCAAUCAAGUAUGUGAACUCGAUAAGGUACGGUGUGAGUUUGAGGAGUUGGUGAUGGAUCACUUGACGUUCAUGCAAAAAUGUGAGCUCGACCGUUUGAAGGCGGUGAAAAAGGUUACGCACGACUUUAUGUCAGCAUUUUCUGACAAGGUCGAACACAUGAAGCACAUGUGCGAUGAACUCAGCGUGGUUGAAGAGACCAUGAACCCGAUCAGUGAUCUCAAAUUCCUCAUUGAGAACUACGGCACUGGGCGGUUUAACCCUCUGGUCAUUUUAUAUGAUAACUACUACAACUCAAACAUCAACCAAACCUUCGGUGUUGAUUUGGCUGUAAAGCUGAGACUCGACAAGAAGGUGGUGCCCAUUUUGAUCCAGUGCUUACUUAGCCAUUUGGAUAAAGUGUACCCAGAAGUUGCCAAUGACGAAGAACGUAUCAAUUUGUGGACCAAGCCUAUCAAUUUGCUGAGCGUUCACAAAUUGCGUCUGGAACUUAACCCUUUACAGGACCCGGCUCUGGUGAAUGACGUCUUGCAAAAACAUCAUCCAAUCAUCAUCACCAACGUGUUGAAGUUGUAUUUAAUGGAGCUCCCCGAUCUGCUCAUUCCCCACAGCAAUCUCGAGCUCAUCCACUCUUUAUACCAAACCUACCCCGUUCUGGAUGAGUCUAAGAGCGAUCCCCGCAUUGUCGGUGUACAAAAUGUGUUGCUGGACUUGCCGCUGUGCAAUUUGGCAACUCUCGACGCGGUGAUCACCCACUUGAAGCGUCUCGUGCUGAUUAUUGGUUCAAAAAAUCCUGAACUUUCCAAGAAGUUUCAAACCACCUUGUUGAAAGAAUUUAGCCCCCUUGUGCUCAAGCCUCGGGACGUGGGCGAUACCUCGGGUGAUAAACACGUAUUGGCAUUGGUAAAUGACUUGUUCACGCACAAAGAUGACAUCUUCAAAGAACUUCGUCGUCGUACUCUGCAAAAGCCUGCUGGUCAAAUUCGCCCUGCGACUACCAGAAUCCCGCUGGUGCCUCUGGUCCAACUGCCGUCUCGCGACAAUCUGACCAAGUCACGGCUUGAGCUGAGACUUCAGCAAGCGGUUAAGCCGAAACGUAUAGUGGGAGAGAUUCCUGCACCCGUUGUUCGUAAAAUUAGCUCUUCCAAGGAGUUGAAGGUGGAUCCCAGUGAUGUACCUUCACUUCCAAAGCCAAAGAAGCCAGCUUCCCCUGUGCUUCUGACUCUGAGUGACGAAGAGUUUGCCGACGCUCAAAUAAACCAAGCCGCCGAAGAGAAAGCGUCUGUGUUAUCUGGUUCUCCUAAGCGAUCGUCAUUGGAGCGUUCGCUGCCUAAAAAGGAGAAGAAGGAGAGAAAGGAUAAGAAGGAUAAGGACCGUACCCCGACGGUGGUGAGCUCGAAGCCCACCCGGAAAGACUUUUCCAUGGAAAAACCCGGUCAAUUUAGAUCGCUUGGGCGUAAAGGGUCGGUGAAGGACUUGGCUUCGAAAUUUGACCUGGAGCUGCUGCGGCUGAGACUGACGCUGCCGGUGAAGCUGUCAAAGAGAGGUAAAGAGGUAAUCGAAGUGGAAGAUUAG